CAAUAAAUCACUUUACACUAUUAGUAUCGUAACAUUCGGUUCAUAGCUCUAAUAUUUUUAGGCAAUGAGACUGACCACGGCCCUAGCAGGCUAGCUAUGUUGUUUUUUGCGCUAUGAACGCAACGUUGAAAAGGGGAGUGUUGUGAGCAGGCUCGUGAUUGGAUCUCAUCAAUUUGGUCUUUACGAUCGCAUGUGUUGUCACAACAAAACAUGACCACUACAGUCAACUUCAUAUUGUAAAGCAAUCGGUCCACACGAUCCAGGAAGUGAACAGUUAUAUAGCCAGCACGAGCUAGCUAACAAUACAUCUAGCGUUUUGUUCGAUUCGAGAUUACUUUUGCGUCCCAGUGCUUUUGGGAGUUAGCCAGGUAGCUAGCUAACAUUAGCACUAUUUUUUUUGCUACACAGCUACACCAUAGGAAUUACAUAAACGUUAGCGAGCUAGCUGCAUAUUUCGAGGUUUCAUCAGGUCGCAGCCGUAGGGUUCGCAUCUUCACUGGACAUGUAGCGACAGUGGCCUUGGGCACUUUUGGAAAAGGGUGCUGCUGAAGAAUUCGUCCUUGGCACCUUGAUACAAUGCACGCGUCGGAGCCGAAGACCGAAGACCGAGUCAUUUAUUUGCUUUUUUGAGCGUGGGCCUGCUCUGGGGGCGUGAAAUACAGUAUGUUGGGACUCUUAGCCAGGACGAUGGGAAAGGCUAGUUUGGUGAAACCGUCUGCCUUGGUGAAGCCGGUUUCGGUGACGAAAAUCGCUGGCCGGUAUUUGGCCCACCAGGAGGGCCUGCCCAAGCUGCCCGUGCCACCCCUUAAGCAGACAUGUGAGCGGUACCUGGCCGUGCUGGAGCCAAUCAUCAGCGAGGAGGAGCUGAGCCACACACGCCAGCUGAUGUCUGAGUUCCUGAGGUCUGGCGGCGUGGGAGAGAGAUUGCAAAAGGGCUUGGAGCGCAGGGCCCGCAAGACAGAGAAUUGGCUCUCUGACUGGUGGCUGCAGACUGCUUAUCUGGAGUUUCGUAUGCCUGUGGUGGUCUACUCAAGCCCUGGAGUGGUCCUGCCGAAACAGGAGUUCCACGACCGUCAGGGACAAAUCAGGUUUGCCGCUAAAUUGAUCGCUGGAGUCUUGGACUUCAAAACCAUGAUUGACAAUGAGACCCUACCUGUGGAGUACCUGGGGGGUAAGCCCUUAUGCAUGAACCAGUACUAUCAGGUUCUAUCCUCCUGUCGCAUCCCCGGACCAAAGAGAGACACCGUGGUCAACCACGCCCUCGGAAAGAGGCCCCCCACACACAUCACUGUGGUGCACAACUUUCAGUUCUUUGUCCUGGAUGUUUACAACAGUGACGGCACCCCACUCACAGUGGACCAGAUCUACAUACAGCUGGAGAAGAUCUGGAACUCCUCCCUCCAGACCAACAAGGAGCCAAUUGGAAUCCUGACCUCGCAACACCGCAACACCUGGGGGAAGGCCUACAACAACCUCAUCAAGGAUAAGACGAAUAAGGAGUCGGUGCGUGCCAUUCAGAAGAGCAUCUUCACUGUGUGCCUGGACGCACCUAUACCCCGUGUGUCGGAUGACCUAUAUCGCAGCCGCGCAGCCGUACAGAUGCUGCACGGCGGGGGCAGCCGCUGGAACAGCGGGAACCGCUGGUUCGACAAGACCCUGCAGUUUAUCAUAGGAGAGGACGGCACAUGUGGUCUUAUUUACGAACACGCUCCUGCUGAAGGCCCGCCCAUUGUGUCCUUGGUGGACCACGUGGUUGAAUACACGAAGAAGUCAGAGAUGGUGCGGUCUCCCAUGGUCCCCCUGCCAAUGCCCCAGAAACUGCGUUUCAACAUUACACCUGAGAUCAAGAAGGACAUUGAGAAGGCUAAGCAGAACAUGAACAUAAUGGUGCAUGACCUGGAUGUCAAAGUCAUCGUGUUCACCCACUUUGGCAAGAAUUUCCCCAAAUCCCAGAGGAUGAGCCCAGAUGCCUUCAUCCAGAUGGCUCUGCAGCUGGCGUACUUUAGAAUGUACCAGACCUGCUGCUCUACGUACGAGAGCGCCUCCCUGCGAAUGUUCAGGCUGGGCCGGACCGACACCAUCCGCUCUGCCUCCAUUGACUCAUUGAACUUCGUCAGAGGCAUGGAUGACCCUACCAAGCAGAACACUGAGAAGGUGGCCCUGUUGGGAAAGGCGGUCCAGGCCCACAGAGCUUACACUGACAUGGCGAUCCGAGGUGAGGCAAUCGACCGGCAUCUCCUGGGGCUGAAGAUGCAGGCCAUUGAGGACCUGGCCUCCAUGCCGGAGAUCUUCAUGGACACGGCCUACGCUGUGGCCAUGCACUACAACCUCUCCACAAGCCAGGUCCCAGCUAAGACGGACUGUGUGAUGUGUUUCGGGCCGGUGGUUCCUGAUGGGUAUGGCGUGUGCUACAACCCCAUGGAGGAGCACAUCAACUUUGCUGUGUCGGCUUUCAACAGCUGCGAAGAGACGGAUGCUGCCCGGCUGGCCCAGGCCCUGCAGGAUGCCCUCGUGGAUAUGAGGGACCUGCUGGAGCAGACGCCCAAGGCCAAGCUGUGAGGACCGGGGACUGGAGGCAGCACUCAAUCUCCAGGGGAUGAUGGAAGUGACAUUUCCCUCCCUGAGGUGCUGCUUUGGUUGCACCAGCCCAAAGCCGAACCUGAGGUGUUGUGAAAAAUAAUAACGUGAUUUCUGUAAGUUGCACUUUGGCCAGCACAGUCCCUGGAACUAGACAUGCUGGACGCACUGCAAAUGUCCUUCUGGGAUGUAAGACUUUGAGUAGAGGUAGGGGUUAUGGAGUGAGAGACCAUCACAGAGAUUCAUACUCUAACUCCUUCUGCACAACCAGAAGAGCAACUUAUGUCCGACAUGAAAAGUAUUUUAAUCAACAGCUGGAACUGCAUAUAAAUUACCAUGGAAACUGCCAACACUACUCAGCACUCAAGUGUGACAUUGAGUGCUUCAGUAGCUUCAAUGUUUUAUGAAAAGGGGUCACUGGAAGGGAUCAAGAUGGCUCACUGGAGUGAAAGAUGCGUACUUGAUGACCGUCAAAGAGCACUUGCAUUUGCCAUUUCACUAAUCAGAUCGCAAACUGAUUGUUUCUCUUAUUUGUCUCUUUGCACAGAUAGCCAAAGGGAAAUUGCUGAUAUUCAGUCAUGAACAGGAGAUGAAAUAGACUGAAAUGUUUGUGAAUUGUGUGAUAAAGAGAUUUUGUCUUUGAGGAAUGUCAUUUGAGAAUUAGCAGUAAGCCUCCAUGCUUUUGGGAAAUAAACUUAAAAGAGGAUUGUUAUGUCAGGUUUCAUUUUUCACUUUUUCAUUUCUACCAUUCCAUCAGAUUUAACUGUCAUUUUUGUAAAUUCAGAUGUACUUUAA